AUGGCUUCCUACAAAGAGCUCAAGGAAUGAUUUGUUACUGGAUUCAAUGGCUCAACACAACUCGACAUAAUCCAAGUGUGCAUGUUUCUCCCAGUAUCCUCUAUUUAGGCAGCACUUUUAUUAAGAAAUAUUUCCUGUAAAAGCCAAAAUUUUAUUUAUGACUUUAUCUUCACAGUUAUCCCAAUAAUAGGUAGUGUCACCUCAACAGAAUUUAACCUACUCAAACUUAUUAUACUUGCUUUAGUUUGCAUAAUAAACUCACAUAAACUUACUUCACCUUUUACUAAUACUCGACCUGCAUUUGAAAUCAAGGAUGGAGUCAAGCGUUUUCAGUUUGUUACAGAGUAUAGAAGUCUAAUGCUUGUAGCAACCUGUAUUUCUAUUCUUGCUGUAGAUUUCCCAAUAUAUCCCAGAAGGUUUGUGAAAACUGAGACAACUGGAGUUUCAUUGGUAAAAACUAUACAGAUGGAUAUUGGAACUGGAAGUGUGCUAUUUUCUAGUGCAUUGGUUGCUAGAAGUGCAAGGGAUCCUCUAAAGCCUCUUUUUCAAAAAAUUAAGGCGGCCAUGUUUAGCUGCCUUCCUCUGCUACUCAUCGGAUCUCUGAGGGUAAUUGUUCAUAAAAUGGUAGAUUAUCAAGAGCAUGUGUCUGAGUAUGGCGUGCACUGGAAUUUCUUUUUAAGCUUAGGAGUUGUUGUAGUGGCUGCUCCAUUUCUUGAUGGAAGUCCGAUGACUCGAGUUAUUUUUUCUAUUGUGAUUAUGAUUUUUUAUCAAAUUUUGCUGAUAUUUGGCCUUGAGGACUAUAUAUUUAAUGGCCCAAGAGAUAACUUUUUUAGUAUGAAUAGAGAAGGCAUAUUAGGGUGUAUUGGAUUUUUCUGUAUAUAUCAAAUUGGAUUAGGUUUGAAACAGCUGAUACUUGAUUCUAAAAAUUAUAUGAGAAAUCUAGCAUACGCCACAGCAUUUUCUAUGAUAAUUACACAGAUAUUGUUUGCUUUCGUGGAUCCUUCAAGACGAUUAGUAUUUUCUAUUUAGAAUAAUGUAUCUUAUACAAGUUGAGUAGUAUCACACAACUUAUUUUAUUUAUCAGUUGUUUGCUUAGCUGAAAGAUGCGUUGUUAAUUGUAGCCCAAAUGCUAUAAUUGAUGCUAUCAAUUAUAACCAAUUGCCCUAUUUCAUGUUAAGCAACUUAAUGACAGGCAUUGUAAAUGUAUCCAUGUUCACACUUUACACACCUGGAUGCCUUGCAUAUUUUAUUAUUACUCUUUAUAUGUUUACAGCUCUCUCAGUAAUGUGGUUGCUACUAAAAUUCCAUAUCAAAUUAAAAUUUUGGUAA